AUCAUGUACUGUAAAACUGUUCAUGAUCAACCUCAAUUCCAUCCUCUUAAAAAAAAUGCAGUCUAGGCCUGAAUUACCCGUUUAUGGCCGCGAUGAAGAUCGCCCUAUAAGGCGACACCAUAGUGCUAGUUAUUAUGCCCAUUGGGUGAAAGAAAGUUUAACCACAAGAGUCUCAAAACUAGUAUGUUCUAUAUUCUUAGGCCUUCUUGCAAUUGUUGGACUCAUCACAUUCAUUUUAUGGCUAAGUCUUCGCCCUCAUCGGCCACGAAUUUUCCUCAAUGACUUCUCUGUUCCAGCUUUAGGCCAAGGAGUUGGUGGACCUGAAAAUGCACAAAUAAACUUCGAAGUCACAGCAAGAAAUUCUAAUCAAGGUAUUGGGGUUUAUUAUGAUGCAAGUCAAGUGACAGUGUAUUAUCAAGAACAAAGUAUUGGAGGUUACCAAGUGUUGACACCAUUCUAUCAACAGCCUAAGAACAGUACCAUUUUUGCUAGUAUGCUAAGUGGUUCAUCAUUGACAGUAACAGGGUCGCAAUGGAAGCAAAUGCAGAAUGAUCGAACGAGGGGGCCAGUGAGUUUUCGUGUUGAAUUAACAUCAACUAUAAGAUUUAAGAUUUCGUCGUGGAACAGUAAACGUCAUAGGAUGCAUGCUAAUUGUCCUGUUGCAGUAGGACAAGAUGGCAUGAUAUUGCCUGCUUACAUGGAUAAGAGAUGUCCAGUUUAUUUUAACUGAUUUAGGAAGCGGAGCAUUCAAUUCAAAUCUUUUCCAUUUGUUAUCUUAUUCUUAUUGAUUUUUCAUUUUUCGGAUUGUAUUUUACUAAUUGAACUGCAUUAUUUCUGAAGUAAAGAAACUCUAUUGAACCAACUGAUAUAUAUGUUUCUUUAACAAAGUAUGACAAAUAGCAGUGGAAAAUGUACUUUAGAAUUGGCAUGUAAACGACUGUAGAGUACAAAAUCUUCAAAAACUCGAAGGAGAAGAAUGCAGCAAGGGCUUAAUUGGAAAGCUCGAAUUGUAUUUGUGUCGAUUUUCUAGUUCAUUCCUUUGAUAAUCUCAGCGAUGUACUAAACAAUCGCUAACGGCAAUUAAGAAUAUGUCAGAAGAUAUCGACACAUCCAAAACUGCCUAGUUAUUUAACAGCGGCCAUGAAGCACCAGGACUAAUUUAAAGAUAUCACGUUAACCAUCAAGACGGGCCUAAUAGAUGUUUUUAUACAUGAUUUUGCUUUCAAAGGAGCAUGCAAUGUUUUAAAAGGUAAGUGGAACAACAAUUUCAUGUAAUCAUUUUUAAGCUAUCCAAAAGAACACAUGCUCAACAUGCAUAGGAGCAAAAGAAUACAAGUGAUAUGAAAAUAAUAGUUCCGGAGAUGCUUCACUAUGUGCACAUCAAAUGGCAUGCAUAGCAUACAAAAAAUUGUUCAAAAUCUUGAGUUUAUGAUUGGAUUCAAGCAGAAU